AUGAUCAUGGGAGGUGUGAGAGAAUUGCUGCUCUUUGUGUUGACUGUGGGGGUUGUCAAAGUUUCUUGUUACCCUGUUGGAAAGUCCCAGAAGCAAGAUCAAGUCUCUCUGCAGAGGAGACUUGGAGAGCUGUCAUCAAAUGACGUCUCCAUUGUGCAUGCCCUGGCCUUGCUCCGAUCCAUAGGGUCUGACGCUAAACAAGACAGAGAAGAGUAUUUUGAGACUAAUGAAGUAGAAUCCCAAGCUUCUCCAAACCAUGGUAGCUCUCCGGCAAAUGAUGCCCUGUCCUCUGACGACGCUACCUCUGAAGCUGCCACUGGCCCGUCUGACGACGCUACCUCUGAAGCUGCCACUGGCCCGUCUGACGACGCUACCUCUGAAGCUGCCACUGGCCCGUCUGACGACGCUACCUCUGAAGCUGCCACUGGCCCGUCUGACGACGCUACCUCUGAAGCUGCCACUGGCCCGUCUGACGACGCUACCUCUGAAGCUGCCACUGGCCCGUCUGACGACGCUACCUCUGAAGCUGCCACUGGCCCGUCUGACGACGCUACCUCUGAAGCUGCCACUGGCCCGUCUGACGACGCUACCUCUGAAGCUGCCACUGGCCCGUCUGACGACGCUGCCACUGGCCCGUCUGACGACGCUACCUCUGAAGCUGCCACUGGCCCGUCUGACGACGCUACCUCUGAAGCUGCCACUGGCCCGUCUGACGACGCUACCUCUGAAGCUGCCACUGGCCCGUCUGACGACGCUACCUCUGAAGCUGCCACUGGCCCGUCUGACGACGCUACCUCUGAAGCUGCCACUGGCCCGUCUGACGACGCUACCUCUGAAGCUGCCACUGGCCCGUCUGACGACGCUACCUCUGAAGCUGCCACUGGCCCGUCUGACGACGCUACCUCUGAAGCUGCCACUGGCCCGUCUGACGACGCUACCUCUGAAGCUGCCACUGGCCCGUCUGACGACGCUGCCACUGGCCCGUCUGACGACGCUACCUCUGAAGCUGCCACUGGCCCGUCUGACGACGCUGCCACUGGCCCGUCUGACGACGCUGCCACUGGCCCGUCUGACGACGCUGCCACUGGCCCGUCUGACGACGCUGCCACUGGCCCGUCUGACGACGCUACCUCGGCAGCUGCUACCGGCCAGUCUGACCAUGCCAUUGAGGAACUGUUCACUUCUGCAUCUGAGCCCCCUUUGACCACAAUCAUGGAUAUCUGA